UGUACGUUCAUUAGUUACCCAUCUGAUAUUUAGUUCAACACCUCUAUGAUGACUUCUAAAACUUUUGCAUUCUUCUUUCUACAGUUCGCAAUUUUUAAUAUUGCUCUUACCCAAGUACUGAACCGGGUGAUACCAAAUUAUGGCAACCUCCUACCUCUAGGCGAAGCGGUGGUUCCCAAUCAAAUUCUACUAAAUCAUCUAGCUCCGAACGUAAUACCGGCGGUUGCCCCCAACCUGGUCAAUUAUGAAGUACCCGGUUGCGUCGACACGAUUCUAUCCAGCCCUGUGACCGUGCCAACGACCACUAUAAUCCAAGAUAGCACGGUUGCAAACAAUUUGGCCAACGCUUUACAAUUACUGGUCGUAAGCAACCUGUUGAGUAACACGCUACCGACUAUGGGCGAUGUGGUUGUCCCGAAUUACGCGGCGCCGGUUGAAAUGGUAUCACCGGUUGCCGUUAACGGGUUACCCGGUUACAAUUACGUGUUUUAAAUUAUUUCGUUUACUAUUUAUAUAAUAUUUUGUUUUCUUAUUUAUUUUAACAAUAAAAAAUAAUGUUUAUAAAUA